UUUCGCUCUCGAUCCCGAUUGGUCAAUGAGUCGGUUCGGUCCUGCCUUCGGUUCCCUUGUUUCCAAAUCCAACGUUUCGCUGGAUUUUGCGCCUUCAAGGAUCCACCGAACCACUCCUGCACUCGCUGCUGCUGCUGCUCGGACGAGGGGCACACUUUGACGCCGUGACCCGUGCACUUUGUGUUGGAGUACUAACUACACGACACAGUGCCAGGAUGCAUGUCAUUAAGAGAGAUGGCCGCCAAGAGCGCAUCAUGUUCGACAAAAUCACCUCUCGCAUCCAGAAGCUUUGCUACGGCCUCAACUCUGACUUCGUGGACCCCGCCCAGAUCACCAUGAAGGUGAUUCAGGGCCUGUACAGCGGCGUGACCACAGUGGAGCUGGACACGUUGGCGUCCGAGAUCGCCGCCACGCUCACCACCAAGCACCCCGAUUACGCCAUCCUGGCGGCGCGCAUCGCCGUCUCCAACCUCCACAAGGAGACCAAGAAGGUGUUCAGCGAGGUCAUGGAGGACCUCUUCAACUACGUCAACCCGCUCAACCGCCGCCACUCGCCCAUGAUCUCCAAGGAGACGCUGGACGUGGUCCUCGAGCACAAGGACCGCCUCAACUCGGCCAUCAUCUACGACCGGGACUUCUCCUACAACUUCUUCGGCUUCAAGACCCUGGAGCGCUCGUACCUGCUCAAGAUCAACGGCAAGGUGGCCGAGCGCCCGCAGCACAUGCUGAUGCGGGUGGCGGUGGGCAUCCACGGCGCCCACGUGGACGCCGCCAUCGAGACGUACAACUUGCUGUCGGAGCGCUGGUUCACGCACGCCUCGCCCACCCUCUUCAACGCCGGCACCAAUCGGCCGCAGUUGUCCAGCUGCUUCCUGCUGGCCAUGAAGGACGACAGCAUCGAGGGCAUCUACGACACGCUCAAGCAGUGCGCCCUCAUCUCCAAGUCGGCCGGCGGCAUCGGCGUGGCGGUCGGCUGCAUCCGUGCCACGGGCAGCUACAUCGCCGGCACCAACGGCAACUCCAACGGCCUGGUGCCCAUGCUGCGCGUCUACAACAACACGGCGCGCUACGUGGACCAGGGCGGCAACAAGCGGCCCGGCGCCUUCGCCAUGUACCUGGAGCCGUGGCACUUCGACAUCUUCGACUUCCUGGAGCUCAAGAAGAACACGGGCAAGGAGGAGCAGCGUGCCCGAGACCUGUUCUACGCCAUGUGGAUCCCGGACCUGUUCAUGAAACGGGUUGAGAACAACCAGGACUGGUCUCUCAUGUGCCCCAGCGAGUGCCCCGGCCUGGACGAGUGCUGGGGUGACGAAUUUGAAGCGCUGUACACGCGCUACGAGCAGGAGGGGCGGGUCAAGCGGGUGGUCAAGGCCCAGCAGGUGUGGUACGCCAUCAUCGAGUCCCAGACUGAGACGGGCACACCGUACAUGCUCUACAAGGACGCGUGCAAUCGCAAGAGCAACCAGCAGAACUUGGGCACCAUCAAGUGCAGCAACCUGUGCACCGAGAUCGUGGAAUACACUAGCCAGGACGAGGUGGCCGUGUGCAACCUGGCGUCCGUAGCGCUCAAUAUGUACGUCACGCCCGAGCGCACGUACGACUUCAAGAAGCUGGCGGCCGUCACCAAAGUCGUCGUCAAGAACCUCAACAGGAUCAUCGACAUCAAUUACUACCCCGUUCCCGAGGCACGGCGCUCCAACCUGCGCCACCGGCCCAUCGGCAUCGGCGUGCAGGGGCUGGCCGACGCCUUCAUCCUGAUGCGCCACCCCUUUGAGAGCGCCGAAGCCCAGCUGCUCAACAUCCAGAUCUUCGAAACCCUCUACUACGCCGCGCUGGAGGCCAGCUGCGAGCUGGCGGCCGAGCACGGCGCCUACGAGACGUACCCGGGCUCCCCAGUCAGCAAGGGGAUCCUCCAGUACGACAUGUGGGAGCGAACGCCCACGCCGCUCUGGGACUGGGCGCUGCUCAAGGAGAAGAUCGCCAAGCACGGCGUGAGGAACAGCCUGCUGCUGGCGCCCAUGCCCACCGCCUCCACCGCGCAGAUCCUGGGCAACAACGAGUCCAUCGAGGCGUACACCAGCAACAUCUACACGCGCAGGGUCCUCUCCGGCGAGUUCCAGUGCGUCAACCCGCACCUUCUCAAGGACCUCACCGAGAGGGGCCUGUGGGGCGAGGACAUGAAGAACCAGCUCAUCGCUCACAACGGAUCCAUUCAGGACAUCGCAGAGAUCCCCGAUGACCUGAAGCAGCUGUACAAGACUGUGUGGGAGAUCUCGCAGAAGACAGUGCUCAAGAUGGCCGCAGAUCGAGGGGCCUACAUCGAUCAGAGCCAGUCGCUCAACAUCCACAUCGCCGAGCCCAACUACGGCAAGCUGACCAGCAUGCACUUCUUUGGAUGGAAGCAGGGUCUGAAGACCGGCAUGUACUACCUGCGCACCAAGCCUGCCGCCAACCCCAUCCAGUUCACGUUGGACAAGGAGAAGCUGAAGGAGGCGUCCGCCACCGAGAAAGCCUCCGAGCAGGACGCCAAGGACCGCAACACGGCUGCUAUGGUGUGCUCCCUGGAGAACAGAGAUGAAUGCCUCAUGUGCGGCUCUUGAACGCUCACUCCCCUCACGCUUCCAUUUUACUACACGAGUUCCCUUCGUUACAGUCUUGUUAAUACUUAAGAUGUACUAAAUAAAGUGUAUAUUUAACAGA